AUGGACUUUUCCAAGUUUGGCAAGAAUCUCUCGUACGUCGCCGAAGCUACCGCUACUACUGCUGCCGCCACCGCACGGCUGUGCAAGCUCACUCACCCCCCCACGUUGACAAUCAGGGUCAAGAUCGAUUUUGGUGCGCAAAUCACGCCGUUUGCGUCGCGCACCUUCCAGUACACCAAGGAGCAGUUUGGUCAGACUGAGGAUAAGACUCAGUUGCCCGCCGACUACAUCGACCUCGAGAAGAAGGUCGACUCCCUCAAGCAGGCUCACCAGAAAAUGCUCAACGUUACCCAGCAAUAUUCCAACGAAGCCUACGACUACCCCCCCAACGUGAAGGAGACCUUCCAGGACCUCGGCCGCACCGUCAGCGAAAAGGUCGCCCUCCUGUCCUCCGCCACCAGCACCGCCGAGGCCCAGGCCGCUCUCGUCGCUCCUCCGACCGCCAAGCCCCAGCCCAAGACCUUCAGCCAUGCCAUUGCUCGCGCCAGUCUUUCCUCUAGCCAGAGCUUGCACCAGAACCACACCGGUGCUGGUGAGGAUCCUCUAGCUACCGCUCUCGAGAAAUACGCCCUCUCCAUGGAGCGCGUCGGCGAGGCUCGCCUUGCCCAGGACUCCCAGAUCCAGAGCCGCUUUCUAGCUGGCUGGAAUACUACCUUGAACACCAACAUAAUGUUUGCCACCCGCGCCAGAAAGAAUGUCGAGAAGUCUAGACUGUCUCUGGAUGCUGUCAAGGCUCGCGCCAAGGGCACCACUUUCAAGCUCGGCCAGGGCUCUGCCGCUGCUGGUCACGAGGAGCCUGAGCUGAGCCCCGAGGCUCAGGAAGAAAUUGAGAAGGCCGAGGAUGAGUUUGUCACCCAGACUGAAGAAGCUGUCGGCGUCAUGAAGAACGUUCUUGAUACCCCCGAGCCUCUGCGCAACCUGUCUGAGCUUGUCAAUGCCCAGAUUGAGUACCACAAGAAGGCCGCUGAGAUUCUUGGCGAGCUUGCUCCCAUCAUUGCGCAGCUGCAGACCGAACAAGAGGCCAACUACCGCAAGAGCCGUGAGGACGCUGCUUAA